AGCGGCGAUCUCUUUAAAUGCCGGUUAUGGAGCGUCGUAAUUCCCGGAGCCGGAUAUCUGUAAUGUCAUGGGUGCGUUCGUCCUCCCUCCCUUCCCCCACCGCCGAAAUUCAAGUCUGAUCGAGCUAAUGAUUGAAAAGAGUUCUGCCAACCACUUGGAGUACAGUCUACUGGAGAAUGCCAUUUUACUUUGCACAUGUUUGAUGAACAAAGACAGCAGUGCACGUUUGAGCCUCACUUCUGUGACGACAGCAUUGUUGUGAUAAAACGGAAGCAGUUGUUCAUUGCUAUCAAAAUAACGUUGACUGCUUAUAGCUGGUUCUUUUUAAUACUCCUCACACCAACCCAGUGGUUGCAGCAAUUUGAACUAAUUACUGAAACCCUAACAGUGCAAAGUUUCAAUCAGAUACUAUGCUUCAUUUAUGCAUCUGAGCUUAAUGUGGUUACAUAUGUACAGGAGAGGGUAAAUAUAGUCAGGGUCCUUCAGAUGAGUCAUAUUGCCAGCGCUUGCAAGAAUUUAUUUGACAGUUGUGCUUUGCAUAUUUCUGGAAUGGCCCAUGAGGGAAAACCGUGCUCUCAGAUCUCUGCUCCAUUUUAUUGCAAUGCUGAUAGAGAACUUGAUUUAUCCACUAAGAUUUAUCCACGAGAAGGAAAUAAAUCUUAUUUGGUGAAAGUGGAGGAUACAAUGGCAAAACGACACUUGAAAGCAAGAGAUCAAACAUAUUAUGAGGAAAGUAAGCAAGCCACUGAUACUCGUGGAAUGGAAGGAGAUGCAGAAGACUCUAAUGACUCGGAUGAUCAAGAAUCUUAUAACCAAGAACAAAUCAUAGUUGAGGUAAACCUUAACAAUCAGACUUUAAAUGUUUCAAAAGGGACAGAAGGUGUGUCUUCACAGUCUGAAGAAACUGCAAGGAUGGACUCCAGCGAUGAGGAUAAUGAAGAGGAAGAUGAUGAAGAGGAUGAUGAUGAUGACAUUGACACUGAAGAUGAUGGACAAGAUGAGGAUGAAGAACUUGAAGACUAUAUUAAAAACAGAAAAUCCAGGGAAACCAGCAAAAUGGGGAGAGCAGAAACAAUUCCUUCAAGGGAACGUGCAAAGAUUAAUAUGUCUAAGAGAAAAAGAAAAAAUAAAAAUCCCAAAGUUCCAACCCAGAAAGAAAAACAGAUUGAAGAAAAACAAAAUCUCACUUGUGAGAAAUGCCCCAGAGUCUUCAAUAAUCGUUGGUAUCUUGAAAAGCACAUGAAUGUCACUCACAGCCGAAUGCAGAUAUGUGAUAAAUGUGGGAAAAAAUUUGUGCUCGAAAGUGAACUCGUCCUUCAUCAACAAACUGAGUGUGAAAAAAAUAUUCAGUGUGUAUCCUGUGGAAAAUCUUUCAAGAAGCUUUGGUCCCUCCAUGAGCAUAUCAAAGUUGUUCAUGGCUUUGCUGAAAAGAAAUUUUCCUGUGAGAUUUGUGAGAAGAAAUUCUACACAAUGGCUCAUGUUCGGAAACAUAUGGUUGCACAUACAAAAGAUAUGCCAUUCACCUGUGAAACAUGCGGGAAAUCUUUCAAGCGGAGCAUGUCAUUGAAGGUUCAUUCUCUUCAACAUUCAGGAGAAAAGCCUUUCAAAUGUGAGAACUGUGAUGAACGAUUUCAGUACAAGUACCAACUUCGCUCUCACAUGAGUAUUCAUAUUGGUCAUAAACAGUUCAUGUGCCAGUGGUGCGGCAAGGACUUCAACAUGAAACAGUAUUUUGAUGAGCAUAUGAAAACUCAUACUGGGGAAAAGCCAUUUAUCUGUGAAAUCUGUGGCAAGAGUUUCACAAGCCGACCAAACAUGAAGCGCCAUCGUAGAACCCACACUGGGGAGAAACCAUACCCCUGUGAUGUUUGUGGUCAACGAUUCCGGUUCUCCAACAUGUUGAAAGCCCACAAACAGAAAUGUUUCCGGGUCACCAGCCCUGUCAACUUCCCACCUACUGCAUCUGUUGCAACCAAACCCACUUCCCCACCUCCACCAGUCACCAUAAGCUCUCAUAGCUCAUUUCCCCCUCGACCAAUGCCACACCCACUUUCCCAUCUGCACCUUCAUCCUCCCCAUCAUACGCUUUCAAUUCCAGCUGUUGCACACCUUCCACCACCACCAACCCUUUUUAAUGCUGAAGCGGUGAACCAUAGAUGCCAAAAUGAAAGCACUUUCCUUCACCACAUUUCUGAAAAAAACACUGUAGCAGGUGGAAGCCAUCAUCAUUGAAACAUGGAUAUUUCUAUUUGACAUUUUAAGCUGUGCCGAAUGAAUGGCAAUACUCCAAUUUAACUGUGCACUAAGCAGCAAAGAAAAGACUGAGCAAUCGUUGUGAACUACAAAUAUUAUUUUACUAAACAUCCAUGUACUUUUUGCUGUUGUAAAACUAGCAAAGCAAUUUUUAUCUAAUCUAUUGUGCAAGACAACUAAGCUGUCUGUGUACAGUGAACUAAGGUUUUUAUCAUUUUUUUAAAAAAAACUCAGAUGUAUCCAGUUUUGUCACUUCAUAUCUGUUGAUAAGAUAUGCUUUUUUAAUAUUAGACUAUUCCUUUUGCAUUAAAGUAUGGUUAUUUCUAUUGCAUUAAGAUAUUCUGGAGAAAUUUAAUCUACUAAAUUAAAUAAUUACUUUCUCUUAUGAAACAUGAGAGCAUUACAUAUUACAGUGCUGCAAAGAUUUUUCUGAAGCUAAUAGUUAAGACUAGAUCAUAUUCUAGCCUAACCUGUCUGGCUAAAGCAUUAUGGAAAAGUCCUGUUAAUAGAUAUGUCUUUCCCUUGACUUAAAGUUUUUAAAUGUCUGUGUAGAAUAUUUAGAAAUAAUUCGAAGAUAUAAAUGUAUGUCAUUAAUGUUGUAAUAAUUAUAUUUUUGUUCUUGUAGCUGUUAUAUACAUAAAAUUCAGUUUUACAAAUA